GAGGCAUUUUUGAGUGUGUGGAAUCUGGCCCAAUGGGAGCAGAAGAAUUAGCCUUCAGAUUUGCUGUGAACACAAUCAACAGAAAUAGAACUCUUCUGCCGAACACCACAUUAACAUAUGACACCCAAAAGAUAAAUCUCUAUGACAGUUUUGAAGCAUCCAAAAAAGCCUGCGAUCAGCUGUCCCUUGGGGUGGCUGCCAUCUUCGGACCAUCCCAUAGCUCUUCAGCUAAUGCUGUGCAAUCCAUCUGCAAUGCUUUGGGUGUUCCACAUAUCCAGACCCGCUGGAAACAUCAGGUGUCAGACAACAAGGACUCCUUCUAUGUCAGCCUCUAUCCAGAUUUCUCUUCGCUCAGCCGUGCCAUCCUUGACCUUGUACAGUUCUUCAAGUGGAAAACAGUUACUGUUGUUUAUGAUGACAGCACUGGCCUUAUUCGAUUACAAGAGCUCAUCAAGGCUCCAUCACGAUACAACUUGAGACUAAAAAUCCGUCAGUUACCAGCUGACACAAAAGAUGCAAAGCCAUUGCUAAAGGAGAUGAAAAGAGGCAAGGAAUUCCAUGUAAUCUUUGACUGCAGCCAUGAAAUGGCAGCAGGCAUCUUGAAACAGGCUUUAGCUAUGGGAAUGAUGACAGAAUACUAUCACUAUAUCUUUACCACACUGGACCUGUUUGCCUUGGAUGUGGAACCCUAUCGGUAUAGUGGUGUUAAUAUGACUGGAUUCAGAAUUCUAAACACGGAAAAUACCCAGGUGUCAUCUAUCAUUGAAAAGUGGUCUAUGGAGCGCUUGCAAGCACCUCCUAAGCCUGAUUCAGGUUUGCUGGAUGGAUUUAUGACGACGGAUGCAGCACUAAUGUAUGACGCAGUUCAUGUGGUGUCAGUGGCUGUCCAGCAGUUCCCACAAAUGACUGUCAGUUCACUACAGUGUAAUCGCCACAAACCAUGGCGCUUUGGAACCCGCUUUAUGAGUCUCAUUAAGGAGGCCCACUGGGAAGGCCUCACAGGCAGGAUAACUUUCAACAAAACCAAUGGCUUAAGGACAGAUUUUGAUUUAGAUGUUAUCAGCCUCAAGGAAGAAGGCCUUGAAAAGAUUUUUAAAAAGGUAGGAACUUGGGAUCCAUUGAGUGGCCUUAACAUGACAGAGAAUCAGAAAGGAAAACCGGCAAACAUCACAGAUUCCCUGUCCAAUCGCUCUUUAAUCGUUACCACCAUCUUGGAAGAGCCAUAUGUUAUGUUCAAGAAGUCUGACAAACCCUUGUACGGAAAUGAUCGAUUUGAAGGUUAUUGCAUUGAUCUCCUCAGGGAGCUGUCUACUAUCCUUGGAUUUUCCUAUGAGAUUAGACUGGUGGAGGAUGGCAAAUACGGAGCUCAGGAAGAUGCCAGUGGACAGUGGAAUGGAAUGGUUCGUGAACUAAUUGAUCAUGUAGAUGAAGGAAAGGCUGUGGAUUAUGGCUACCUAGAGUUUAGUAAAACUUUUGACACUGUUUCCCAUAGAAUUCUACUAGAGAAACUGGCUGCUCACAGCUUGGAUGGGCACUAUUCCCUAG